AUGGGACCUUAUUUGUCUGCUCCUAACUUCUCCCCUCUGUGAGCGAAAAAAAAACUUGUUCAAGGUUACUUUUUUUUUUUAAAUAAAUCCUAAUUCGCAAAAAUUGGAAAGCAGAUAUUAAUUUAAUUUGCAAAAUUUAUGCUUUAAACGCGAUUUGUUUGAAAUUAAACAGAAUUAGCUCGAGAUUUCAUGAUAGUAGUUAUCACUAAUAUAUCAAAUUUUUGUUCCAUAAAAAAUUUUUGUUCGCUCAGAGGAUGGGUUUUUGGGCAAAAAAAAAAUAGGGAUUUUUCUAAUGGUUUUGUUCGCUCACAGAGAAGGGGGGAGUAAAAGAGAUAAACGGAAAGCUUCAGGCGAAAACCAAAGGUUAAGAUUCGCCUCAAGUGAAAUGCAAGGCUGAAGGAACUCAAUGGAAGACGCCAAGCUUACCAACGUCCAGCUGGACUCAAAUACUUCGAUAUUUGGAGUAUUUGACGGCCAUGGAGGCGCUGAGGUCGCUGAAUUCGUAUCCCGACACUUCAGUCGGCAGCUUCUACUAACCCCUGCUUAUAGGGAAGGCAGACUAGAAGACGCCCUCCGAGAAACCUUUUUAAGGAUGGAUGAACUGCUAAAUACUAUUGAAGCCAAGCGUGAACUUGUAAGAAUUUCAAGGAACCUCCCGAAUAACUACCCUGUAGAGCCCGACGACAACUUAAUGGCUGGCUGCACAGCUGUUGUAUCAUUAGUCAGAGGAAACCAGCUCAUUGUGGCUCACGCUGGAGACUCACGUUGCGUUUUGUGUAGAGAAGGGAGGGCUUUAGAAUUGACCCGAGACCAUAAGCCAGACUUACCAGAAGAAAGAACCAGAAUUAUUCGUGCUGGAGGAAAUAUUGUGGACGGCAGAAUCAUGGGGAAUCUUAAUUUAAGCAGAUCUAUAGGAGACUUGGAAUAUAAAAAGAACGCAGCGCUCCCGCCUCAGGACCAAAUAAUAACGGCUUAUCCAGAUGUGAGGAGAGAAACUAUUACAGAAAACGAUGACUUUUUUAUUUUAGCGUGUGACGGGGUGUGGGAGAUGUUAGAUUCGCAACAAGCGAUUGAAUUUGUGCAUAAAAAAAUAAAAAAUAAACCGAUUACUGUUAUUGCAGAUGAAAUGCUGGAUAAGUGUCUAGCAAGAGACGUCUCGAGCAGUGGAGGACUGGGAUGUGAUAAUAUGACGGCAAUCAUAGUUGCUUUCAAUCAUCCUUUAGGUCAAUAA